AUGAGCAGCAUGAGUCUGUGGAAGCGCAUCUCGAGCCAUGCCGACUGCGAGCAGCGCAUGGCGGCUUACUACAAUAAGAAGGGUCUGUACGACCUGCGCCUCUGCUUGGCGCCCUGGAUCGAAGACAGAAUAAUGUCUGAGCAGAUAACUCCCAAUUCGACAAAUCAAUUGGAACUCGUUGCCGUCAAGUUCAUUGAGGAUCUGCAGCAGAAGCUUUUAUCAACACGCGCCAGUGAUCAGGUGCUAAAGUAUCGUCUGGUUGAGCUCUGCGCGCUGAUCCAACGCACCCCGGCCCUUGAGCUAUAUACGCAUCUGCGCAGCGGAGUGCAGAAGGAACUGCAGUUAGCAGCCGAGAAGAGUGUCGCCGUUGCCAGCGCAGGCCAAUCGAUGCCGCUGAACACAUAUAACAUGAACAAUGCCGCAGUUGCCGCAGCCGUUGGUAUGAACACUGGCUAUGUCGAUGCUAGUGAUUUGUUAGGUGUUGCCGGUACCGGAGUAUCCCCAGUGGCUGGUGGCAUGCCAGCUGGACUAAUGCAUAAUAUGGCCGAGACCGCUGCGCCCGGCAGAGUGGGCCCAGCUAAAAUGGAGUUGUAUGAAGUACAUAAUCAGAUAUUCCAAAGCUUCAACGAAUUCACCACAUGCUCGGAAAGUCUGAAAGUUUUGGUGCAGAACUAUCGCUAUAUGCUUAACGCACCCAAUUCGCCCGACGCGGAACGUCUGUUCAAGAGUUUGAUUGAGGACAAGGCCGCCCUGGUGGCCAGGCUGCGACGCAGCUUUAUGUUUUACGAUCAACUGCAAGAUUUGGUCAUAACGGAGCUUAAGAACUGGCGGCGCCAACAGGCCCUAGCCGGCAAUGGAGCACAGUUUAGCGAGAAUAUGCUGGAUGACAUACAGCGGUGCUUUGAGCUGCUCGAAUCGUUUGUCACCCAUCUGCUGACGGCUGUCAAGGAGACGCUCCUGGUGCGCAUCGUAAACGAUGAUCCCGAUCUGAACUGUCUGCUCGAGCAAGUGCAGGUGGCACAAAAGAAUCUAGUGUGCUCUGCCUUCAUUGUGGACAAACAGCCGCCGCAGGUGAUGAAGACAAACACACGCUUUGCGGCGUCAGUGCGUUGGCUGCUUGGGUCACAGCUGGGCAUACACAUGAAUCCGCCCACAGUCGAGUGUAUUAUAAUGUCUGAGUUGCAGGCACAGCGCUUUGUUACGCGCGGCACACAUAUGGAUGUGACCAAUGGCAGCCUCGCUGGACAGUCGUCGGGCGAGAUACAGAACUGCUCCAGCACCAUGGAGUAUCAGCAGAGCAGUCAUGUAUUCUCCGCAAGCUUUAGAAACAUGCAGCUCAAGAAGAUCAAGCGCGCCGAGAAGAAGGGCACCGAAAGCGUCAUGGAUGAAAAGUUUGCAUUAUUCUUCUAUGCGACCACAACAGUGAAUGACUAUCAGAUUCGCGUCUGGACACUGUCGCUGCCGGUGGUGGUUAUCGUUCAUGGCAACCAGGAGCCGCAAUCGUGGGCCACCAUUACUUGGGACAAUGCAUUUGCAGAUAUUGUGCGUGAUCCGUUCGUGGUCACAGAUCGCGUCACUUGGCGUCAGUUGUCAGUCGCACUCAACACCAAAUUCGGCUCCUGCACACAGCGCGCCCUGACAGCGGAGAACUUGGAGUUUUUAUUCGAGAAGCUGCAGCGUGAUAAUAUUGCCGGCGAGCGCAAUGAGUAUAUUUCAUGGAAUCAAUUUUGUAAGGAGCCACUGCCGGAUCGUACUUUCACUUUCUGGGAAUGGUUCUUUGCCAUUAUGAAGCUGACCAAAGACCACUUGUUAUCCAUGUGGAAAGCCGGCCGCAUUACGGGCUUCAUUAACAAGGCCAAGGCACACGACGAUCUCUUGCGCGCCGUUACUGGCAUUGGCACAUUUCUGUUGCGUUUCUCCGAUAGUGAAUUGGGUGGCGUCACAAUUGCCUAUGUGAACGCGUGUGGAUCGGUGACUAUGCUUUCGCCAUGGACUGCACGGGAUUUCCAGAUACUCAAUUUGGCUGAUCGCAUACGCGAUCUGGAUAUGCUGCGCUGCCUGCACCCGACCGACGUCAAUGUGCAGCCAUUGGAUCGCGAUCUCGCUUUUGGCGACUUUUAUACACAGCGCGCUGAACCAACGCCCCGCGUCGAUGGAUAUGUUCCCAGCACGAUACGCGUGCAGGUGCGUACCAGUGGGGAUACGGGCUCCAUCAGUGGCACGCCCCAUCACUCAAUGCAGUCACCGCCGCAGGAUAGCAUGUCGAUGGGAAAUUAUUCUCCGCGUAGUGGCAUCAUGUCUUGUAAUCCAUCGAGCGUCGCAACCACAUCCUAUUACAAGGAUGAUUCUGAUUCAGAUGAUGGCAUUGUGGCGCGUGCGCUCGAGAAUUAUGUCAACAAUACGGCGCCAGACGAUCCCAUACUGGAUCAGAUAAGUCACACCAUAUACAAUGUGUGCGCCAAUGGGCAAGAAGCGCAGUGGAUGAUGCAAACUAAAUCAACAUAUGCCGUGCCAUCGCCCCACAAUCAAACGGUGCAAUACUAA